CUGAGUUACAGACACUUAUAGUGCCUGGAAGAUUGUGACGGGACCAAAUGUAACCCUCAACUACUUCAUUUUCAUAAUUGGUAUCGUCAUCAUAACAUUCAACAGCAUCGACUUUAUCAUCAUCAACACUUCUUCUGUAACUUCACAUUUCGUUUUGGAUUACCUGGAUGCUACUGUGACAAAACGGGUAGGUGACAACACUGCUAGCUACCAUGCUGACACUGUGCUGUGCUCAAUGAGCUGUAAAAUGAAUUCAGCUUAAUGUCUGGGCUUGAAAUGUCAGUGAAGUAGAGGUAAUAUGCUCAAAGGUAAGGCCCUUACUAUUGUUUAUGUUAAAAGUACAGAGUAAAUAGGCAUAUUUCUUAAGAUCUAUUGUCUGUCAUGUAUGAGUCAUCUGUGUGUUUUCUCCUAGCUCUUAUUAUUGUGAGGAACAACAAACAUAAUAUUUGGAAGUCUACUGCAUCGUAUUCUGUCGUUUAUCAGAAAGCACCAAAAGAAAAAGGAUUCUGUGAUCAUACCGACCCACUACGUGUGAUGUCAGUCCCAUCCUCUGUGAUGACAUCACCACCAGGGCCCCAUCUCCAUAGAAAGAAGCAUUGUGAUUGGCUGAACCUUCAUUAGGACCAAUCAUGUCUCUGACAGUGGACGAGACAGCUGGGGAUCUACCAGUGAGGGACGUAGGGCUGAUGAGAGGAGGGCUGAUGCCCACCGUACCAGACUCUGUGAGAGACGGAAGGUCAUGGAAGAAACCACAGGUGCUCAAGUUAAAAGGUCAAACAAAACCAGGAACUCACAGAUCAAAACCAGGAACUCACAGAUCAAAAUGACAAUGUAUCUAUUUCUGGGAAUGUUUCACCUCUAAUCCCUUCUCUAUCUUUCUUCCUUCUCCUGUCUUUCUUUUCUCUUGUCUUUCUUCUCUAGUCUCUUUCUCUCUUUUUUCUUCCCUCUCUCUUUCAUCCCUCUUAAUUACAUUCUUUCUCCUCUUCUUCACUGUCAGUUUCUUCCACCUCUCCCUCUCUCUUUAUUCCCUCUCUCUUUCCCCUCUUUCUCCCCUUUCUCUUUCGCUCCCCCCACACUUUUCCUCACCUCUGUUCCAUUCCCUUAUUUUCCCUCUCCUUCUUCCCUCUUUUUCUUCCUCCUCUCCAUCAGACCGUCAGAGGGUGUUCCAGGUGCCCAGGGAGCAGCUGGAGGACCAGUGUUUCCGUCUGCAAGAGGAGAACAACCUACUGAGACAGCACACACGCACACAGGAACAGAGGCUACGCAGGAUGUCCACCAAGCUGAUGCGUCUAAGGGAGGGGCGUCCGGGUGAGGCCGGUACCAGGGUCAGGGAGGGGGACAUGGAGGAGAUGAUCCAGGAGCUGGAGGCGCGUGUGGCCACCCUGGAGAGCCAGAAGGGGGCACUGCAGAGCAAACUCAGCAUGGCCAGGCAGCACAUCAUGGACCUGGGGCCUGGACGGAGUUACCACAGACUCAGAGGGCGGGGAAUGGAUGGGCAGGGGGGAGUCAGACAAGCAGCACAGACAGCUCCGCCCCGCUACGGCCUCAGCCUGGAGGACACCAGAGGAGCGAUAGAGACAUUCAGGUCCAGUGUGAUCGAGACCCAGAAGGUGAGGGUGACAGAGCUGGAGCAGGCUGCCCAGUCCCUGAGAGACACACUUGGGGAGAAGGAGAGAGAGAUAGAGGACAGUAUGAAAGAGAUGAGGAGACAACAGGCCGGCGGACACAGGAUCACUAUAAAGGACAAUGUGGACAUGAUCCGCCUGCAGAAGCAUCUGUCAGACAAGAGCGCUGCCCUGCGUGUCAGUCAGGAGAAGUUCAACGUGUUGCAAGAGGCUUAUGAAGCUCAAUUGGAAGAGGGUCAGAGGUCACUGAAGGAGAGCCAGGGGGCAUUGCUGGAGAAGGUAGAGGAGCUGAGUGAACAGCUGAAACAAGAGAGACAGAGAGCGCUGACACUGGAGGGACAGCUCACCGCUGCCACUCUUUCUAUGCAAGCCCUCGAGGAGUUCCAAGAGAGAGUGUCAGACCUGGAAGGAGAGAAGAAUCUACUGAAGGACAGCUAUGAUACACUCCUGGAGAGCACUUUAUCUGUCCACAGUCAUGCGGAGGAGAAGGUGGACAGAGAGAGAGAGCUGGAAAAAGAUAGGGAGAGAGAGAAAGAGGAGAUCUGGAGGAUGGACAUAAAACGGCUUGAGGAGAUUCUGCGAGUGGAGAGGGAGGAACGAGGGAGGCUGGAAGAGGAGAAAGAAAGGUUGCAACGGGACAAAGAGAGGAUAGAGGAACAACAAGAGAGGGAGAGAGAGUCCGUUGAGUCGAUUAGAGGAAAACAUGAUCGAAUGGAACAGGAAGUUCUACAGUACAGACAGGAAGUGACAUCACUGCAGGAGAAACUGGACUCAGUCACAAAGGAGUUUGACAUGAGUGUUGAGGACCUCAGUGAAACCCUGAUACAGAUUAAGACAUUUAGGCUACAGCAGGAGGGCCGUGAGGGUCUGCGGUUCCUAGGGAUUGAUGCGAAGGUGGAGGACUCAUCCAGAGAGCUGAGAGACCUCCAGGCAUCCCAAGCAGAGACUGUGUUAGAAUUACAGAAGACCAGAGACUUACUGUUACUGCAGCACCGCAUCAAUAAUGAUUUGCAGGCUGAGUUGAACACAAUGAUAGAGAGAGCAGAAAGAGAGAGGGAGGAGACCAAGAGGAGGGUAGCGGAGAAAGAUAAACUACUUGGAAGAAGAGCCUUGCAAAUCAACACUUUACAAGCUCAGCUGAAGGAGUUAGCCUACAGCCCUAGGAACUACAAACGGAACAUACCACUACAGUACACCUGGCCGGGGGGGGACCAGGAAGUGGUACAGCCCAUUGAAGACGACACCACUUUCUCUCAACUACGAGCGGGCGAGUCCCUUUUGGAGAUCCACCUCAGGGGGGCAGCCUUCACCCCUGGGGGGCUACGGACCAUGGGGGGCGCCCGGAAAGGGGCGGGGUCAAAAGGUGAAGGGGUUGUGACCUUUUGCACCUACGCCCUCCUGGACUUUGAAAUGCACUCCACACCCCUGGUUUCGGGAGGGCAACCCAACUACGGAUUCACAUCGAAGUACCCCCUCUCUGCUCGUGAUUUGGGGAGGCUGGGGGGUCAGGGGGGAGUGGUGCUGGUGGAGCUGCACCAGGCAUUGGGAGGGGUGCGUUUCGUGACCCGAGGGGGGGCGCAGGUGCCACUGGUUGGAGCGGUAGAGAGGAGAGGGGAGCGGGUGAGCGGACGAGUCAACAUCGCAGGCUCUGAGGGAGAUGUCAUAGGGAUCCUGGACUUUUGGAUGCGUCUCUUCCCUCCUGCGGAGCCCAUGGACACACUGAUAGAGAGAGGAACGGACAGAAUGACAGAGAGAGGAGCAGACAGGCGGAUAGAGAGAGGAGCAGACAGGCGGAUAGAGAGAGGAGCAGACAGACGGAUAGAGAGAGGAGCAGACAGAAUGACAGACAGACUGAUGGACAGAAGGGCCAUCAGUCCACAGAGACAGUGGAGCCCCAUCUGGGCCCAGAGAGGUCUAGGCUUGGAGGACAGUGUGCACGAGCAGGAGCUAUUUGACUAUGGCGGAGGUAUACCCAAUGAGCUGGAGGUGGUGCUAGAGCAUUGCGUGGGUCUAAGAGCCCGCUGGCCGGAACUACUUCCGGACUCCUACCUCGUGUACCGUCUCUACGACCUGCCGCCUCACGCUUCCCCCACAAUACCGUGCAGCGUCAACCCACUGUUCAACGACACGGUCAGCUACCCUCUGGCCGUGACCACUGACGUUCUGGAGUACCUAAGAGGGGGUAGUCUCUGGGUCUAUGUGUUCGAUGACAAUGAUGAUCAGACUCCACCUGCUUACCUGGCCAAGACACCCAUCCCACUCCGCCCGCUGGCAGCAGGACGACCUAUCAGAGGUGACUAUGUUCUGAGGGACACGGGUGGCGGUCCGCGGGGGAUGGUCCGUGUGUUCAUACGAUGGAUUUACCCCUUCCAACCACCAGAGGGCAACACCCAAAGACACAAGGAGAUGGACAGGAUGGAGAGGGCGAUGGAGAGGAGGAGCGAGAGAGCAGAGGAACUGCCGAGGCCUAUUGCCAAGCCUAGGGUGAAGUCAAAAGCUGUUGAGCCCAGAGUGGACAGACCUGCUGCACAAAAAGAGACCAGCAUUCCGCCCAAGCCCCGUCCUCCACCAAUCAAGCUGCGAUUACCCCAACCCGACGCCCAAUCAGAGCGAGCCACACCUGUGACAUCCCCGGAACCUAGUGUCGCCACACCCCUCCAGUCUCCAGCGAGAAAACGUGCCACGCCUCUUAGAUCACCUGCCACACUCCUUAUGACACCUGGGACGAGUCAAGCCAUGCCCUCCCAGUCGCCCACCAGGAAGCAGGCGACCCCUCUGAGGCUACCUGAGGUCAGAGGUCAGAGUUUGCCUGUGUCAGAGUUGACCCAAUCUCGACCAGACUCAGCUCGUUCCUCCAGGAGUUCCGCCAGCGAUGAAAAGAGUUAUUUUAAGAACAUCCCCUCACUGGAACAGGUGUCUAUGGAAGAGGAGGAGGAGGAGCAGGAGGGAAAAAGUGACAAAGCCCAAGUGGAUAGUGAGGUCAUGGAAUCCAGAGAAUCAAGGACCUCCAACCGUAGUGAUGUCAUCAUUAUUCCUCCAUCUUCAAGGAGAAUCAGAAAGGGAGACAAGUUGAGAGUGGAGAUUCUCUCUCUCUCUUUUGAGCCCACCUCCCGAGUGGCUCUCGAUGAGUCAGUGCAGCGCGUCUAUGUGGAGUACCGCCUCCUGGGAGUUCCCAUGGAAACCACAGAGACACCCAUGUCCCUCCGUAAACCAUUGGACGGGGAGGAGAUACAUUACAACUUCACACGAGUCAUCUAUGUGGACAGCUCUGAGGCAGCCCCACUAAGACAGUACCUGUACACCAUGCUGGAGGGAACUGACCCAAACCAGGGCAGGUUGAAGUUCACAGUGGUCAACGAGCCAAUGGAUGAUGAUGGUGACGAUGACGAGGAGUGUACCGACGUUGGCCACGCUUUCCUGGACUUACAGGAACUGCUGCUGACAGGAAAUGACAUCACCGAGCGGCAGAUCGACAUUGUCAGUGUGGAUGUAGAGAAAGAGGUGAUGGGGAAACUCAAAGUCUCUCUGGAAGCAGCAAAGACUUUGACUGGGAUAUACUGGGACUAUCGCCAGAAGAGAGAUCAAGAGACCAGGAAGGAUGAAGAGAAUGACGAGAAGGAGGAAGAUAAGGAAGAGAAGGAAACAUUGAAGAAAGAAGAUGAAAUACAAGUGAUAGAUUAUGACAUUGAUGAUGAUGACAGUGACUUUUACUAAAAGUGGAAAUCUGAAAAGGAUAUCAUGAAACAGAUAGGAAUUGUGGUCCCUGAAAUAAAGGAUAUUGAAUAACAGUAAACGUCUGA